UUGCGGUCCAAGCACGCUCAAUCUACAAUCUAAAGUGACAGGACAGCGCUCCAGGUCGAAGACUCCUCCCUGGGCACCCAGUUUUGUCUCAUACGCUGACGUAUAAACUAGCGGAACUCAACAUUGAAACCAAGUGUGCAGGCAGGCAGAUGUCUCUGAGGCAAAGAGAAACUUCAAAGGCUGGAAGUGGGAGCUUCCCAGUCCACAUGUUGAGUCCCGUUUAUCACCACUUUUAACUGUAAGCAUGUUGUAAAAAUUCUCCAACUCUGGAGGUUGAAAAGGAGCGGUACUGGAAUUCACAAGCGGACAUCAGCUUCUACCUCACCCAAUUUGUCUGACUCUGACUGCCUUAAUGUUUCUGUAAAGGCAUAUUUCCCAUAGGGAAUCCAUAGAAAUCAUCCUUGUGAAUCUUUUUUGCAUUGGCUGCUGAGUUAACAAGGCUGUGAGCUUAUUAAAGGAUUUUGGCUCUUAACCCUCGUGAACAACCUUCCUGAGGUCUGGCUGAACAAUGAUAGAGAACUCCACUAUACAAAUGCUGAACAACACUAUGCUGCAUAACACCUUGCCUGCCAUCUAUCUGGCCAUCUUUAUUAUCAGCACUCCUCUCAACGCCAUCUCCCUCUGGCUCCUCUGCUGCCAUAUGCAGCCCAAGACCCCGACCGUGAUCUUUUCCAUCAACCUGGCCGUCUCCGAUCUCCUGUACAGCUUGGCGCUGCCGUUCCAGUUCAUUUACCAUUGGAACAGGAAUGACUGGCAGGUCGGUGACCCACUCUGCCGAAUGGUGACAGUUCUUUUUUACGGCAACACCCACUGCUCCAUUCUGACGGUCAUGUGGAUAAGUGUGGACCGUUACCUCGCAAUCGUGCACCCCUUGCACACCUCUCACCUUCGAACGGUUAAAACCGCCAUCUCGCUGUGCCUGGUCAGCUGGCUCUUUGUCGUAUUGGUCCAUUUGCCCCUGAUGUACACUGAACAGACCUAUCACGUGCAAGCUCUGAAAAUUAUCACCUGCUUUGACGUUGUACGUCGUGAUAUGUUUCCCGCUAUUUAUUAUUUUUACCUGUACUACUCUUCGCAGAUAUUUCUGUUUUUCAUUGUUCCUUUCAUUGUCAUGAUGUUGUGCUAUUCCAGAAUCAUCAGGGUUCUGCUGAAGACCCCAGAAACUCAAAUGAGAGAGUCAAGGAAGCAGAUUGUUUAUUUGACGAUUGUUGUGUUGCUUGCCUUCACAAUCUGCUACCUCCCCACUCAGAUAAUUGUGAUUAUACAUUUUGUCCUGUCAAAGCAGAAGAAGCCAAUCUACGUCCUCUAUAAAUUCUCCCUGACUCUGAACAGUUUAAAUGGCUGCUUUGAUCCAUUGUUGUACUACUUUGCCUCUAAGGAGUUUAGACGGAAGGUCCAGAAGUUUUGCACCUGCAUCGUCGCGGACAGUAGCGACAAGACCUUAAGUAACAUUGCUGUACCUCUAGCUGCUCAGGGCAGUCAGUAGUGUAGGUGCGGGAUAGGUCUGCUGAUUGAGCCAGCAAAAGAACUCUCCACCUUUAUCAAAAUCAUUGUGUCCCUCGUGGGUGGGGUUGGUAGGGGCUACUGUCAGUCCAGCUUUAUAAAGGGCAGUGAGUGGGCACAUGGCAUGUUUUGUACAAUAUGAAUGUAGCCAUGCAAAAGCUGUGUCUCAUGAUGUGCAAACAUGAUGAAUGCUCCCCAGCACCAAAGCAAACUUCAAGACUUUUGAGCCAGAAUUGUGUUCCUUUUCCUAGCACACUUACUUGCCUGGACCUGUUGAAAAGUGACGACCCAUUCCUCCUCCUCCAGGUACCAUGUCCUAAGAGGGCAUGAGCAACCAUGGACUUCCAUUGGAUUGGUCCAUGGUUAUGCUUGACAAAGUACUGCAGUGGUUUGUCAUUGCCUUCUGCAGUAUGGCUAACCAGGAAAUUCUCCCACUCUUACCAUCUGCUAUUAGGUGUGUUGGAAGGAUUUACAGACUGAGAAUCAACUGUUUGGCCACAUCAUGGCCAUCAAAUCCUGAAGUAGGACUUCAAACCUGGAGCUUCUGGCUGAGAGGUAGGGACAUUAACUCUGUGCCAUAACCUUGGUGAAUGUUUCACCCGCAACAGCCUUUCUUUCCAGUGAAAGGUGAAGCUGGUAUCCAGACAUCGUUUCUCCUGAAAGCUCGAAUUAUUUUUAUUUAUUCACUGGGUUGGCUUCCAACAUUCUUUCUGGACCAAAAACUAUGCUCGUGAGGCGAAAGCUAGCAAGCAUAUGAGGGAGAAGGGAAUAGAGGAUUAUGAUGAUAGAUUUAGAUGAGGAGAGUUGGGAGGAGGCUAGAAUGGAACAUAAACGCUGGCAUGAACUGGUAGGGCCGAAUGGCCGGUUUCUGGGCUGGGCAUUCCGUGCCAUCCUAUGAAAGGGGUAGCAAGUAUUGGGGGUAUCUUCAAUCAGCAGAGCACCAUUCACAAAUGGGAAUCUCCAAUAAGUAAGGAAGGAAUGGAAGCUGCUGUCUGCACCAAUGCGCUUGAGCUGCACUGCACCAUUUGGAGAGCUGUAUUUUAAUUUGCAAGCGUGUAAUUAAUCUAAAAGCAGGGAUAUAGAGAGCAAUAAGAUUGGCAUCACAGCAACGUGGAACAGAAUGUUAGUAAGUGCAUGAUGUGUACAGCCUCUUGCU